CAAAAGGCAGAGAGUUCAGUUUCUAUUGACAACUGGAUCCUCGCGGUUGGAACAUUUGCUAUUCGCUGUCUGGUGCGGCGGUGUACGCGCGUUGUGAACGUGUCGCUAGGAAGCUAUCGUCCGAUAGAUCGGAUGAUCUUCGCAUCAUCGUUCGAGUGAAUGAAAUACGGAGGUGUUUGAUGCAUAACUGCUACCAGAAAGGAAAGAAGUCGUGAAUGGGUCGUCGUGCGUGUGCACAGUGAAUGAAACACGUGAAUUUUCGUGCAGUUUUUAACCGACCGAGACGUAUGUCUGCUGUGCGGAUUCGUGUGUUGUGUGAAAGCAACGUGUAACGGGAGUCAGCGGGUUUUGUUUGUGGACGCCACGUUAUUCGUCCGAGGUCAUCUCACCCGGCAGUGUAUUCGCACGCGGAGUCGUGUGGUAUUUCUUCGUGUUGCAGGAUUUUUUCGCAGUUUCACCGUGGCGCUGAACGCUUGCAUCGAAAGGGGUAUCCGUUUGCGUCAAGAACGGGCCCUAGAACGAUGGACACGGACGGACGCACUGGACAAUCUCGGUCUGCAGCUCUCUAGUACCGUGACACGCUGGCUACUGUACGGUACCGUUGUACCCUCCGUCCUUUCGUCCCACUACCAGCAUCGUCAAUACUCUGUACAUUCCACUCCACACAGUCGCCAUCACGUGCGCAAACUGAGACGCAAAAUGUCAUCCACAGAAAGUGGUGGCAGUGGUGAGGGUGGUGGUGGUGAUGGUAGCAGCAGCAGCAGUCCCAAAGUGCCCUCACCCAGUCGUAGAACGUACCGGCGUGGGCGUGAACUGCAUCGUACGUCAACGGCCACUUCUUCGUACUCGUCGGCCGGUUCCAUUACCUCCAUACUGUCGAGCCUUUCGUCGGUAAACAGUGCCGCCGGUGGCCAACAACAUUCCCAGCGCAAACAGCGUCGCCACAAGCGACGGACGGCGGCGGCCAGACCGGCUGCCGCAACCGGUAGUAAGUCCGGUUCGGAAACCAAAGGUGAAAUCACAAGGCGACGAUCGCGCAAAACAAUCACCACCAAAGCGAACCCCGAUACCCGAUGGACCGAUGAAAGCCGGUCUGAUUCUUCAGAACAUUCCACUGAGGGACCAGUGUCGAUGCCAUGGUUCGGCAUGGACAUUGGCGGUACGUUGACGAAGUUGGUGUACUUCGAACCGAAAGAUAUCACACCGGGCGAACUAGAUCAGGAGGCUCGGAUUCUGCGCAACAUUCGGCGUUACCUGACGAAAAAUUCCGCCUACGGUAAGACGGGCCACCGGGACAGCCACCUGCAGAUGGACGAUGUGGUAAUCCGUGGCCGUCGUGGCUCGUUACACUUCAUACGCUUUCCAACGUCGGAAAUGUUAAGCUUUCUGAAGCUGGCAAAAUCGAAAGGCAUGGCACAGCUGGUGACGACCGUGUGUGCAACCGGGGGCGGUGCCUUCAAGUUCGAGGACGACUUCCGACAUAACGUUAACAUGAAGCUGGCCAAGUUCGACGAGCUGGAUGCGUUGAUCAAGGGCAUCCUUUUUACCGAAACGCACAACAAAUGUGAAUGCUACUUUUGGGAAAAUGCCAACGAAAUUAGUAGUACGAAGAAAAAGUUCGACUUUAGCCAACCGUACCCGUUCAUACUGGUAAACGUCGGCUCGGGCGUAUCGGUGCUGGCGGUGCGCGGCCCGGACAACUACAAGCGCAUCUCCGGUACAAGUCUGGGUGGCGGAACAUUCCUGGGCCUGUGCUGUUUGCUCACCGGCUGUGAAACAUUCGAGGAAGCAAUACAAUUAGCGACGAAGGGUGAUCAUAAGAAAGUAGAUAAGUUAGUUAAAGACAUUUACGGCGGUGACUACGAGCGGUUCGGGUUGCCCGGCGAGUUGGUCGCAUCAAGUUUCGGACAGAUGCAUCUACAGGAACGAAGGCAAAGCGUUAGCAAGGAGGAUCUGGCCCACGCUAUUCUUGUGACGAUCACCAACAACAUCGGUUCGAUCGCGCGGAUGUGUGCAAGUAAUGAGAAAAUCGAGAAGGUUGUGUUCGUGGGCAACUUCCUGCGUGUGAAUCCGAUAUCGAUGAAGCUGCUAGCGUACGCGAUGGAUUACUGGUCGAAGGGAACGCUCAAAGCCUUGUUCCUUGAGCACGAGGGCUACUUCGGUGCUGUCGGUUGCCUUUUGCAGUUCAACGGUGAGCUGCACGCACAAGUCGGUGAUUUACUUACUUAGAAUAGUAGUUAGCGGUAUAGAACCACAAGAAAAGGAGGAGAAACAAGGCAAAACCACCCAUCUGUCAUAUCCUGCACCUUCUCUUGGUUUCAGUUUCAGCGCACUAGUGUAGGCUUUGUUCGUUGGUUCGUUCGUAAUAGUUUGUUUGUUUUGUAAGGCAAGGUAAAUGGUUCUACUAUGGCCAAAGGCUUCUUGGUAAGAAAAGCUUCAAACGAAAGCGUAUGUGCGUAUUAAAAAUCAAUUUUCUGCAUCUAAAUUUUUGUUUCUUUUUUUGACAAAACCCGUCAAAAGCAGAAUGUCACCGUUAAUGGAAGGCUUUAUAUAACCCACCUCACAUUCGCUCAGAAAAAGCAAACUCGUGCACAGCUAUUGUAAGCUUCUCAAUCAUACUGUCCUAUGCAGAUAGGAACGAAUCUACACGUUGAGGUAUAUUGUAAGUAAAGCAUUGUUACAAUGCUGAUAGGAUUUAAACACAACAUUGAAAAGAACGAGAAGAAAUUCACACAUCAUAUUGAAAUGAUGUUAUCCCGUUCCAUUUUGCGACACUUGUAUCCGUCGGCUUGCCCGUAAAUGAGCUGUGAGAAAUCGCGUGUAACAAAACAGAGCGUGUAAAAACAUUGUAGCAAAUAUUACGUUGUUUAAAAUUUGGUUUUCGGUUAUCUCCAUGCUGCGUUUUUCCGCUUAAAGUUGUUGAAGGGAAACAAAUACAAUCAACUUUAAUACUUUCAUUCCUCCUUAGGAAUGAGGUGUGAAUGCUAACAAACCCAUGACGAGCGUUCGGCGACCAUGUCCCAAAAUAUUUACAUCGAGUGAGAUUCCGUUAGACAGGGUUGCGGACUACCACGGCUCAUAAUUAGGCAUUAUUAUUCGGAACCAGGUAUUUGUUAGGUAUAGUUAGGGACGCGGACUACAUAUAUAUUGGCAGCCCGGGUUUGAGAUAAAUUAAAACAAGUAAAAACGAUAAGAAAACCGAGUUAUAGAGAUAGAUGGGACAGGUGCUCAUUGUGAAGGUCUGCGGGAUUUAACGUUAUUGAUACUAUUAUUAAUAUUAUUAUUAUUAUUAUUUUAAUGUCCUUAGUAGAAGUUGAACAAAACAAUUGGCAUUGCUAACAUUUGGGUUGAAAACUCAAACGGUAUCACUUACCUUUGUUUCGUUAAACGUAGAAACCGAACGCGAGAGUAAAACUUAAGGUUCUCUAGAAUGUAUCUGUUCGAUCGUUUCUCCAUGGAGAAUGCUGAAAUGAAAACAAACAAAAAAAAACAGUGGUUAAGAAUGGCAGGAAGCGUUCGUGUGGGAUGGUUUAGGCAUGAAAUUAAAUAUAUGGUCAGCUACUAGCUGCUACUUUUACACAAAACACGCAACAUUUACAACAAUUUCAAGCAUAAAAUAAUAACGAAACAGAAACGGAAAGUGUCACCCUCACCUGGGGGGUGCGUAGUUGGGGCUUAGGCAGCUCAAACCACUCUACAAAACAGCCUAAAAAUGUCCGUAAAGCGUGCAGCAUCAGUUUCAACCUCAAACGGAACGGCGAAACUAAAAAGGCACGGCAGGAAAGUGUAGAACAAAUUUUAAGUACUGAAAACAAGAAACAGACUAAACGGUUCUGUUUAAGCUCCUCAGCCAAUAAUGCAUACACAUGAAUCAAUUUAAUGAUGCAGAAAAGACAGUUUUGAUCGCGUUCGAUCAUUGCUAAACAAUUUUCCACUAUUGCUUUAUACAGUUAAUAAAAUCCAAAUGAAAUAUAUAUAUACAGCGCACACGAA